GGGGUGGCCUCGUCUGCGCUUGCGCAGGACGGGAAGUACGGUGGCCGGUAUGGAGGGGGGGAGCCCGAAAGGGUUGGCGAGGCCUCGAGAUGGGCUGAAGUAGCCGCGGCUGAGGGAGACGGAAGACCAGCGGCGAGGAGCGGGCCUGUGGAUCUGCUUGCUGCUGGGGUGCUGCCAUGCACUCCCUGGUGUUCCUCUGUGCGCAGAAGGUCGUGUCCCACCAUGCCACUGUGCUUGGCGCCUUGGGCUUCCUCCCCAAGGAGCUCUACCCGGUCUUGUUCAAAGCGGCCUUCAUGGACAAGAGGACCGUGGCGUUGCAAGACUUGGUGCAGACCUGGCCGUUCCCGGUCCUGAGUUUCCAGAAGCUCUUGCGGAAAUGCCAGCACUGCGAGCGCGCCCUGAUCCGGGAGAGGCCCAACAAGCUCUGCAUCCAGACGGUGAUUUUGGGGGUGGUGACGUACCUGAUUAAAAUGCGAGAAGAUCAGCACUGCAAUAAGAGCAGAGGCCAACGGCUGCAGAUCCUAGAUAUGACCGGCCUGCAGGACGAAGGGCAGGGCCCCGAAAGCAUGAGCCUGUGGUCCAGGACGGUCACUCUGGCGAAAGCUUGCCUGGACAUCUCCAAGCAGCAGAGCAAGUGCAUCAAGCGGGCCUCCAAGAGGCGGAAAGGCCCCUACAACAACUCCGUGGCUUUGCCGCCCCCUCAGCCUGUCUUUGUGGACGUCUGGGUGGACCUUUUCGUGAACAGCACCUCCUACGGGGUCCUGAAAGACGCCUUGCAGAUCAACAGCAGCAACGCGCUGCGGCUGAGGUGCCGGGACUUCCGGGCGGAGGAGCUCUCCAUCGCCAGCACCGUGGGGCUCCUGGAGUUCCUGGACCCAGCCGGCGUCCGGCAGGUGGACCUGCGCUUCAACAACUUGGGCCUUUCCGGCCUGAGAGUGGUCCUCCCCCACCUGGCCAAGUUCACCAACCUGGCGAGCCUGAAGCUCCCCUACAGCAACAUCGACGUCCGGCGCCUCACGGUGGGCAUGGAGGGCAGCCUGCAGUACUUUGCCACUCAGCUGAGCCGCCUGACACGCCUCAAGGAACUGAACCUGGGCUCCUCCAGACUCUCGGGCAAGCUCACCCAGCUGCUGGGAGACUUACAGAGCCCCCUGGAGAGCCUGGAGCUGGCCUUCUGUUACCUCCUGCCCAACGACCUCGCCUACCUUUCCCGAAGCCUCCACACUCCCGCCCUGAAGAAACUGGAUCUCAGCGGCAACAACCUCUCCGACUGCCUUCUCCAGCCUUUCCACGUUCUCCUGACGGAGACCUCGGGGACUCUGCUUCACCUGGACAUCAUGGAGUGCCGCCUGAUGGACACCCACCUAGGCACGCUCCUGCCCGCCCUCUGCCGCUGCUCGCGGCUUCGCUACCUGGGAGUUUUCGGCAACCCCAUUUCCGCCAAAGGACUGAAGAACCUGCUCCACAAGACGUCUGGACUCUCGGACUUGAAGCUGGUCAUCUACCCGUACCCCGUGGACUGCUACGGGGAGGACCUGCCCUGGCCGCCCACCUCCUCCAACCUGCUCAACGGCUCCGUGGACGAGGAGAAGUUUUCUCGGGUCAACAACGAGCUCCAGCAGAUGCUGCUGAGCGCCAACAGGGCAGACGCCAUCUGGACCACAAAUCUCUGCCGUCACAAUAGCCUGGACUAUUUCAGUUUGUAGCUGGGAUAGUUGCGGACGCUGCCUCGCCAACGGACAUGGCACGGGUGCCCGUCUCUUACUCCCCUCUCUUCCCUCGUUGCCCGUCCCACCAGCUUCGUCUGGUCUUUGCUAUAUUCCAGAGGGGUUACGCUUGCUGCCCUAUCCUGGCAGUUUUGGAGCAGGGAAAACCCCCGUGCCUGGAAUAGCCCCACACGCUGCCUCUAGAACAGAGAGACGGUGGCGUUAAAGAGAGCCAGUGGAUAGCCAGUGGGAUAGCAGGGCUCGGUUCUGUGAAGUCAGUGGAAAGAGCCCUUUGGCGAAGGGAGACGUGGGCAGGCGGGUGGCAAGAGAGAGGGGAGAGUGAAGUAGGAUUGGCCACGUAGUGACCCACGGCAAAUGACAUCUCUGCGUUAAAUGAGACAGCCAGGUCAAAUAGUUUUUUUUCUUUCUUUAAAGCCGCAUCCUGGUGCAUGCAGCAGGAGCUAGUUUUUAAACAAUCUGCUUUAUAUCAUCUUGUUGAACACACACACACACACAAAGUGGAAGGUAACCUCUCCUACCAUUGGAACCAGAGAGCCGAGCUGAGUGUUCUGAGAACUUCUGCAUUUGACCCUGUCCCCCCACCCCCCCAAUAAAGGAACUAGAAGAUGCAGGGGGAGUUGGUACUCCCUGGGCCCAGAAUCGGGAGAGAAACCAAGCAAGGGAGAGGUCAGAGUUCUUGGAAAACUGUGAACCUAAAUAAAAGGUGAUUUCAUCGGAGAAA